AUUCCCCUGCUUUCUCCAUUCAGCUCAAAGAGAAAGAGUGAAAAGAGAGAGUGCCGGGGAGAAGAACUUUCCUCUAGGAAGCGUGGAAGGAAAGAAGGAAGGAAGGAAGGAAGGAAGGAAAGAAAACCUUGCUUGAUCCCUCAAGGCUUUCCUCCGCUCUUGCUUUUGGGAUUACCUCUGGCAGCCAGGACCUUUGUGCAUCCCAUGUGGCUUCCAAGAUUUCCUGGAAAGCCCACAUUGACAAGGAUUUCUCUAUAAUCCACCCUGAGAUUCUAACACACUGGAAGGCAUCAGUUUUCCUCUCCGUUGCUUUGCUUUGAGGGUCAAGAAUGAUGCUCCACCAUUAUAAAGGCUCUUUACGGAUCCUCAGUUCCAUAGUUGUCCUUGGAUUUCAGCUUGUCAUCCCACAACCCUCGAUUGAACACAGAAAGGUGCCCCAGAGGAUAGAAGAGCAAAACACUGCCGCAGAAGAAGACAAUGGAGGGAUCCCAGGCGUAUGGGGCAGCUGGGGACCCUGGUCGGCUUGCUCUAGAAGCUGCAGCGGCGGAGUGAUGGAGCAAACGAGACCUUGCCUCCCGGGAUAUUAUUACGAGAGGAACUAUCGUAGGCCGGGGCAAUACGCAGCCCCUGAACGAACCUUGGCUCCUCACCAGCAACCUCCUCACCAAGAACAGCAGCUCAGCCCUUACUCCGGGCACGUUAUCUCCGCCAUUCGGACAUCAGUGCCUCUUCACAGGAAUGAGGAGGCCUCCCGGGCCAGCUUUCGAAUGGGAGUCCCCUCGGGAGGACGCAAUGACAGCCAUUUGAGCAAGGGGAUACCCAGAGGAGGGAGGCCUUCCCAGUCUCGGAGGCGUAGCCCCAAACUGGAAAGAAGAGGCAGGAAUAAGAAUCCCAUUGGACCUGGGAAGUAUGGCUAUGGGAAAGUGCCCUAUAUAGUCCCGCUGCAGACAGACACGGGUCAAACGCCGCACAAAUCCCGGAGGAAGAGGCAGGUGAGCCAACCGCAGAACGUCGGCGUGCCCUUGGCUCAACCUUCACACCCAUCCCAUCGCCAGAGAAGUUUGUACCAGGACGACCGCAGACCUCCUCUGUCUAGACCUCAACCUGGAAGCGGUUCAUUUUACCAGCCGGCUGCCUCUCACUUCCAGACCUUCCCUGUCGCUCAGAGCUUGUUUCACGAUACGGACCUGAACGGCCGUCUUCCGGGGUCUCGACAGUCAGUCCAAAGCCAAGCAUCUCCGCAAAGGGCAGCCGUGAUCGUCUGCACCGGAGCCUACAAACAGUACAAGCUCUGCAACACAAACCCAUGUCUGGAGAACAGAAACAUCAGGGAGAUCCAAUGCACCUCGUACAACAACAAACCGUUCAUGGGUCGCUUCUACGAAUGGGAACCGUUUGCGGAAGUGAAGGGUAGCCAGAAAUGUGAGCUGAACUGCCGAGCCAUGGGCUACCGAUUCUACGUGCGGCAAGCAGAAAAGGUCAUUGACGGGACUCCCUGUGACCAAAACGGGACCGCCAUCUGUGUGUCCGGACAGUGCAAGAUAGGCGUGCCAGCCUACCCGGAGGUCAUGGCCUUCUAA